UCCGUCCUCUCCCUCUCUCUCCCUCUCUCCCUGUGUCUCUCUCCUACUCUGAGACAGAGUCAGAACUCUUCUCCCUGACAGCCACAAACAUCUACAGCACUCAUUGCAUGCAGAGAGGGAACCUGCAAACAAAACUUCACAGAAAACUUUUGGUUCUUUUUCCAGAGAAUUUGCGGAAGAGAAGGAAAAACAAACAAACAAACAAACAAACCAAACCAGCCCCCCCAAAAACCAACAACAAAAAACAAAAACCAACAACAACAACAAAAACUGUGCGUGAAGGGGGAGGAAAAGCAGGGCCUUUUAAAAAGGGAAUCACAACAACUUUUGCUGCCAGGAUGCCUUUGCUUUUGAAGAGAGGAUUUUUGUUGGUGCUUUGCUGGAUUAUAGUGAGGAGUUCCCCAACCCCAGGAUCCGAAGGGCACAGUUCAGUCACUGACUGUCCAUCAUGUGCCCUUGCCACGCUCUCCAAGGAUGUGCCCAGCUCCCAGCCUGAGAUGGUGGAAGCAGUUAAGAAGCACAUACUGAACAUGUUGCACUUGAGGGACAGACCUAAUAUCACCCAGCCGGUGCCCAAGGCAGCACUUUUAAAUGCCAUCAAGAAACUCCACGUGGGAAAGGUGGGAGAGGAUGGCUAUGUGGAAAUAGAGGAUGAUGUUGGAAGAAGAGCUGAAAUGAAUGAAGUUGUGGAGCAAACCUCAGAAAUCAUCACUUUUGCAGAAUCAGGCACACCCAAGAAAAUGUUGCACUUUGAGAUUUCCAAGGAAGGCAGUGAGUUAUCGGUGGUGGAACAUGCUGAAGUGUGGCUCUUUCUGAAGGUCUCCAAGGCCAACCGGAGCAGGACAAAAGUGACCAUCCGCCUGUUCCAACAGCAGCGGCAGCCAAAAGGCAACUCUGAAGGAGCAGAAGAGAUGGAGGACGGAGGGCUGACAGGUGAAAGGGGCGAGACUCUGAUUUCAGAGAAGGCAGUGGACACCCGAAAGAGCACUUGGCACAUCUUCCCUGUCUCCAGCAGUGUGCAGCGACUUCUGGAUCAAGGUAAGAGCUCCUUGGAUGUGCGGAUUGCCUGUGACCUGUGCCAAGAGACUGGAGCCAGCCUGGUGCUACUAGGCAAAAAGAAGAAAAAGGAAGAUGACGGAGAAGGGAAAGAAAAGGAAGCUGGAGAAUUCACUGGGGAAGAGGAAAAGGAGCAGUCACAUAGGCCCUUCCUGAUGAUGCUCGCCCGGCACUCUGAGGAUCGCCAGCACAGGCGGCGGAGACGAGGCCUCGAGUGUGACGGCAAAGUCAACAUCUGCUGCAAGAAACAGUUCUUUGUCAGCUUCAAGGACAUAGGGUGGAGUGACUGGAUCAUUGCACCUACAGGUUAUCAUGCCAACUACUGCGAAGGGGAGUGCCCCAGCCACAUAGCAGGCACAUCCGGCUCAUCGUUAUCUUUCCACUCCACUGUCAUCAACCAUUACCGCAUGCGGGGCCAUAGCCCCUUUGCCAACCUCAAGUCGUGCUGUGUGCCCACCAAGCUGCGGCCCAUGUCCAUGCUGUACUAUGACGACGGCCAGAACAUCAUUAAGAAAGACAUACAGAAUAUGAUUGUGGAGGAGUGUGGCUGUUCAUAGACACACGGGCGCGCAAGACCCUUCUCUGUUAAGUUGAGAAGCGAAUGUUGUGAAAGCCCAAGAGGAAAGACCUGACACGGUAUAACCUUUUUGAUUGAAACAAUCAACUGAAAUAAAAGCAAAAACACAAAAGAGAGAGAAAAGAGAGAGAGAGAAAGAAAAGCUGACCUGAGGAGGAUCAGAAAAGACUAAAGACAUACAAAGGAAGAAAAAAGAAAGCUUCACGACCAGGGCUUGAAUGAGAUGCAUUUGAAUGGCGGUAUGGGUCGGGGAUUUCCCCUUCCUUUCAGUAUGCUCCUUAUCUUAUUAGAUAGUAUAUUAAACAUUACUUGUAACAAGGGGAGUUAACGUUCCUUCCCCUGGUUACCCAUCAGUUCAAGCCGUGGUAGCAGCUCAUCUAACCUGCAGCAAUUUGGACUAAGUCCAAAAUGUCAUUGAAAUUCCUUGAAAAGCCAUGUGUAUGAACACUACAUUCACUGGCACUUUCCCCCCCCAAUUUACCAAGGAACUGGGUACGUGUGUAGUGUCUGUGUGGUUAUAUAUGCAGCUAUGUAUUUAUAUACAUAUCUCUAUACAUACACACACUACACACUUUCACCUACUUACUUAUAUUGGUAAAGGGACAAUAUUGUGCAGGUGUAUACACCUUCAUCUUCUGCACUACAUUUACAAAAAAAAAAGGAAAAAAGAAAAGAAAAAUGAAGAAAAACAAAAUAAAAAAUUAAAAGAACAAAUGAAAGUUACAUUUUGUAAAGGUGCUUACAACGUUAGAACUAUGCAACCUAGUUGGUUUGAAACUGUUUACCUGCGAGAGAAAGAAAAAAAAAAAAAAAACAGAAAGACUUUUUUUAAAAUGGAAGUAACUUGUUUUAAAACAAAAUUCUUCAGUGAGAGAUACUUGAAAGGAACAUGUUUGUCCAGUUACUGGAGCCAAACAUUUCUAUAUUUUGUAAAAAAAAUUUUUAAUCGUUUACUAUUUGCACUACAAUGGUGUCUGACCUGUCUAAUCCUUAUUUAACAAACAUUUGCAAGGGAGGGUGGUUGGGUGUGGGAAGGGUUGAGAGCUGCACUUAUUGUGAGCUAUACAAGAACUGCUACAGCACACAAGAUAGCUAUUUUUAUUAUUAUAAUUAUUAUUAUUAUUUUGUACCUUAAAAAGAAUAGACACAUACACCAAAGACAUUUGUGCGAGCCUCUAAAAAGUCUGUUUGUGGUUGGUACCAUUCACCUGUAAUAAGUUAGGGUUUGAAUUAAGGGUCAGUGGGUUGAUUACAUUCAGGCUAGUAUAUCUGCUAAGUAGUUGAAUUCCAAUACUGCCCUCAACAGAAAAUUGCAAUUUGAAGUCAGCUCUGGAUUUCAAAAGCCCAGAAAUGCCCCGGGAUUUGGCUCCAAGGUGCUUGGAUCCAACGCCCAACUAGGUGUAACUGUACUCAUUUCGCAUGUGCAACACUAAGACUUAUCCCUGCUGCACAGCACCUGUGCAUUGCUGGGAAACAAUUUUAUACAAGGGAUAUACAUAUAUAUAUGUAUAUAUUUCUGUAUGUAUAUAUGUAUGUAUACAGAAGGUAUAAGCACUUCUGGCUUCACUUUAAUGUUCUUAAAACAAUGAAUGUUUGUGUGCAAAGCACAGUAGAUUAAAAGACUGUUUGUUUGUUACUAAUAUACGUGGGAGGGACACGUUCGGAAUAGCAUCCGUGUGAGAGAAACCUAAAGUGCUGGCGUACCCUUCGGAAGUACUGGUGUAAAACUGCAAGCAGCUUUGGGCCCUGCCCGUCGUCGCCCCGGCAAAACGUACAGAAAAUGCAAGCUGUGGUAGGAUUUCUGUUUUUAAAUGCGGUCUUUAGUGAAAGACUCGGCCACCACCCUCUAGCAUGGCAGCUCCGAAGGGGUUUGCGCACUUAAGACCUAAUUUUCGGUGUCAACGCCUAACCUGAAGGGUCCAACCCAUAGGGCAUCAGUAGCUAGGUUGUUAAAAAAAUUCUAUGCCUGUCAUAUUUAAGAGAGUGUUAAUGUUGCAGCAUUCGUCUUUGGCUAGGGGGAGAUGAGAAGAGGGAACAGGAGAAACCUUUAGGCCCUGUUUACACUGAAUUCGGCAGCCCUGAGCCUGAAGCCUCAGACUCUCAGAGGUCUGCAGGAUCGAGCCCUUGUUAGGUGCCUUCUGGUGAGCCGGGCUUCGAACCACCCCUCGCUGCAAGAAGCCCUAACACGGUUCCCCACCUCGUGGGGAGCACGGUUCGCUAAAAAAAAAAAAAAAAAUAAAAAAAACCUAUAGCACAAUUUAACCCAGUCACGUUGGCUAGGGACAGCGUGUUAGCACCUUCGUGGCGAGAACCAGUGUAAUCAGGGCCUUCAUUUUUCAGCCAAAACUGUUUGUGUGCGUGCACGCGCGUGUGUGUGUGUUCUCCAUGUCUGUGUGUGUGCAUAUGUAUGUACGCAGGGGUGUGUGUCCAUAUUUGUAUGGAUUAAUAGAGAUUAAAGAAAAAAGAAAAAAAAAAAGGAAAAAAAGGCAGAAAAGAAAAAAAAAAAAGCCCUUUCCUCUGUUGAAUUAAUAUCAACGUACAUGCUUAUAGCUAAGUUUUCUAUCUAAUUUAUUCCACAGUAUUUAGAUUGCAUAGUACAGCUAAUGGGUUAUACAUUUAUGUACUUUUUAUACAAUGCAUUUUUACAGACUUGUUUGCAGUUUGCAAAAAAAAAAAAAAAAAAGAAAAACCUUUUAAAAAAUUGUAACAAUUGGGUAAACACUAAAUUUGCCACUAAAACAUUCUGUAAAAUAUCAAGGCUUUCUGAUUUAAAUUAUUCACAGAAGUUUGUUGGGUUUUUUGUAUCUUCUUCCUGGGGAGAAGGAGGGAGGGAUGCCAAAUGCUAGUGGGAAAAUAUAAAAUCAAAUUAAAUAAGAAGAUGCACAACUAAUUUACCUUUAUAACUUAAACAAAGCGAGUUCGCUGCUUCACGUGAAGCAGGUGGCAGAAUUGCCGGUGAUUUUUCUAGGAGCAGAGGCAGGCUGGGGGGAAGCAGGGGCAGAGGCACAGGCGGUGACGGCCGUUUUCCCUCCCUGGGCAUCGGGUCAGGCCUUAAGGACCGUCAGGGUGCGAUCCCAAAGCCUUACUCGUGCCGACGGUCUCACAGACCGCUCGCGGCCUCCUCACGAGAGUAGCAACACUACUCGCAGGAGUAAAGGCAAGCCGGACCCGGCCACGGGUUUGUUUCGCUGUAGGCAGGGCGAGGGGAGAGGAAGGAUUUUGAGUGAGCGGCGCCUUAUCCAGCAGUGGUUGAUUUGGUUGGUGAAAGCUGUGUGCAUCGGGGUCGGUCUCGGACUCUAGUGGCAAGGGAAGCAGGUGAGAUGACCCACGGCAGCAAAGAUUAUUCUCAAGUUUUAUUAGCUGGAGCCGACGGGGGACCUGAAAUCCCUGCGUCUCCCCCGAAGCGACAAUGGCAAAACUCCCAUAGGCGGCAAGCAAAGUAAGAUGCGGCUCAGGGCUGCCUUUAAAAAAGGAGCUUGAUACUGAUGCUCAUUUUGAUGCAAGCUUUUAUGUGGUUGUAUGUCCCUUUCCAGGGACUGGCCCUGGAAAAUAUGAAACUAGCAUGAGACAAUUCCCAAGUGAGGAAAGAAAAGAGGAUUUUAGAUGUGGUGAGAUGGUUAUAUGACAGAUACACCGAAAACGGGAGAAGGUUUCCAAAUCAACAAGUAACUGUUCCUAAGCCCUGCUCUUUAGCUUUCAUUGCUGUGUAUACCAUGCUCAAAUUUUAAAGGUUUCUCCCUCCAAUCUCUAGAUUCAGUCAUGGGGUUUUGAUUUGUGGUCAGAGUUAUUUAAAGCAGGGGGAAAUGAAAACGUAUAUGAUAAAAUAAAAUAAGAAAUCAGGAUGUUAAUCAAGACUGACUGAUUCCAGCAACCCCCCCCUCCACCCCUGAUAAUUUGGUUUAAUUAAAUCUGCAUGUACUUAAAAUAGCGUUAGAAAUUGUUACCAUAUUUGACCAGUUCUUCAAGGGCAUGCAGUUUCAGAAAUAACUUCUCUCUUCAGGUAUUAGUAUACCAAAAAAAAAAAAAAAGAAAAAGAAAGAAAGAAAGAAAGAAAGCCUUUAACUACUAACACAUUCCUUUCCAUAUAACCCAUUUCCUGUUUAUAUUGAAAUAUAUUUUCAGUAUAUAUUUGAGCAUUGAAAUGUAUUUGUUCUGUGCCUCCACAAUCUUCUUGCUUCAAGGUUGACCACAUUUGGUUGUCUUUGCCCCUCCCCAGGUCAGAUGCUCACGGCAUACAAGGCCUAAGGAACUGGCAGAAGUACACACUGAGAGAUUUCUUUGGGAGGGCUGAAUGUAUUUGUAUUCUUGGGGUUUUGCAAAGGAAAUGCUUACAGAUGCUUAUAAUUAUUCUGCAGUUAUAUGUCACAGCAGAAUACUGAGCUAGGGCCCAAAACUCUAGUACCGAAUGAAAUGGGAGUUUUGUCAUUGACUUCAAUAGCAACAGUCUCUUACCAAUCAUUGCAAAAUAGAACUCUGCCGUAAAUACCUGCUUUUUUUGUAUUUAGUUGAGCUUCAAGCCAUCAGAUUCAUUUAACUGUAACACCACAAGGCCAAGGAGAGGCUAGCAGCAAUAUCUCUGAGUUAGAGAAGUUCAGGCAUCUGUAAAGUCUGUGUGCAAAAUGAAAAUUUUUAUGGACUAUAGUUACUGAUGUGGAAUAGUGCCUUACUCUGUAAGCAAUGCUGUUGAUUUCAGAGAGUCUCCUUUCCUAGAAAGUAGGAACUAAGUAAGCUGAGUCUAUUUCUGGAGUGUAGGUAGAAGAGAUGUGGUGGAAAUUAAGUUCUUUAUGUUAAACCUCAUGUCAAAAUUGUGCAUCAGUAUAAGAAUCAGAUGCUAAUCACCUUCCUUAGACUGAGAAGAACUUUUUACUCCCCAUGUGCUCUCGCUGCAUCACAUGUGGAGUAAAAAGCUGUUCAGUAUGAGUAAAUAACAUCAGAAUUUGACCUUCAUGAACAAUUAGAAGCAACAUUUUCAUGGGCAGAAACAAACAACACUUCUGGGUUAUAUAGCUAUUUAUUUUUUGAGAUACAGUGAAUUUGUAUUAAUUCUCAAUGGGUUUUUGUAUUUAAAUGCUUUCAAAAACAAUACAUUGACGAUGGAUUGAAGAUAUAUAUGUAUAUGUAUAUAUACAUAUUAUAUAUAUCUACAAUAUAUAUAUACACACACAACAAUAUAUAUAUGUAUAUACAUAUAUAUAUAUAAAUUAUGAA